GGCCCGGCCGCACGGAGGGCCGGUCCCCCGCUCUUUGUGUGCGCGGCCCCGCCGGCACUACGGCUCCCGUCGGGCCGCGCGGCGGGGACGGGAAGCGGGCGGUGAUCCCUUUCCCGGGCGGUCCGGGGAGCCUCUUGCCCACCGCGGGGGUCGGGCGGCGUGUCGCGGCUGCUGCCGUUGUCCCUCCCGCCGCCGGAGCUGAGGGCGGUCGGCAGGGAGCUCGGCCCCGCCGGGCCUGACUGAAGGCCCUGCCGCUGGGCCCCCGCGUUGGAUGCAGUAAUUUAAAGCUUUUCCGAAAUGACGUGAAAAGUUCGUGAACUCUGGUGGAGGGGAGCGUGGGGACAUCAAAGCCGUGAGCGUGGCUGCUGAGCCAAAGUGUGCCUCUUUGGCUCUUCUCUGCUUCCCUUCUGAGAGAACCGAAAAGAUUACAGCAAAAGCAGCUGUCAUUUUUGUUACACUUCAGUAUAAUGUUACCAUUCCUGCCACAGAAGAACAAUCUGCAGAAACAAUCUCUCUCUAUCACUAUGGCAUCAAAGACUUGGCUACAGUUUUCUUUUACAUGCUGGUAGCAAUAAUCAUACAUGCUAUAAUUCAGGAGUACGUACUGGAUAAAAUUAACAGGAAAAUGCACUUUUCAAAAACAAAGCAUAGCAAGUUCAAUGAGUCUGGGCAACUGAGUGCAUUCUACCUUUUCUCUUGUGUUUGGGGAACAAGUAUCCUUGUUUCUGAGAACUAUAUAUCAGAUCCAACCUCUCUGUGGAGGGACUAUCCACACACUCUGAUUCCGUUUCAAAUGAAGUUUUUCUACAUCUUACAGUUGGCAUACUGGUUUCAUGCUUUUCCAGAACUGUACUUCCAGAAAACUAAAAAAGAAGAUAUAUUUCGCCAGAUUGUCUACAUUGGACUUUAUCUCUUUCAUAUUGCUGGAGCCUAUCUCCUGAAUCUGACCCAUCUUGGACUUGUUCUUCUGGUAUUGCAUUACUUCGUUGAAUUUCUUUUCCAUAUAUCCCGCCUUUUCUACUUCAGUGAUGAAAGAUAUCAGAAAGGGUUUUCACUGUGGGCAGUUCUUUUUGUUUUGGGAAGGCUUCUCACCUUGAUUCUCUCAGUCCUCACUUUUGGCUUUGGGCUGGCAAGAGCAGAAGAUCAGCAGCUGAAUUUCAGUACUGGAAACUUUAAUAUCCUGGCUGUUAGAAUUAGCGUGCUGGCCUCCAUCUGCAUGGCUCAAGCAUAUAUGAUGUGGAAGUUCAUUAAUUUCCAGCUUCGAAGGUGGAGAGAGCAUUCUUCUUCUCAGCCUCAAUCAGUGAAAAAGAAGUUUGUAACAGCUAAAGGAAAGACAUCCAGAAAAGAAAGAGAAAAUGGAAUAAAUGGAACAGUGACCUCAAAUGGAGCAGACUCGCCUCGCAGCAGGAAGGAUAAAUUCUUGUAAAACUGGGUUUUAUUAAGUUAAUUGACUAAUGUCCCCAAAGAAUCUGCUUUUUACAUGGAUGGCCCUUCAGCACUAGAGAUGUUAUGGAAAAGAAAAUACAGUUCCUGGGUUUUGAUUAUUGCUGUUGUUUCAAGAAACUUUUUUUAAAAGCCAUUUUGACUAAGGAAAAAGGUUUAUCUGUCUUCAAAUACUUGGCGGGGUGGGGGGGAUACAACACUUUUUAAAUAACAUUGACACUUUUUUAAACAUUUAUUGUGAUGAAAUAACCUCACUUAAUGAGAAUCACUGUUGCAAUGUAUUAUUUCCUGCCAGUUUUUGUAAUCUUGGUGAUAUAUACUGUUCUACCAACUUCACUUUUUCCAACAAGUAUUGCGAAACUGAGGCAAAAACUUAGUAUGCAUUUUCAGAUACUCUGGCUUUUCAGUUAAUUGCCGUGAUUCAAAUUUACAGUUCAAAUGGGAUUCCGAGACCACCAAUAAACCUCUUUAUUUUGCAGUUACUAGCUACACAACAUCUGCUCUCAGAAUUGCCCCGUAUCAUUAAAACAAAACUGAACUAAUUGGAAAUGUUGUAGAGUCUUAUUGUUUGUUGGUUAGAAAUCUCUUACAAGGAACAAAAAACCUUUUUGAGAUGUAGCUGUAGCACUUGAAAUUUAGAAGGGAGCGUGUAUGGUCAUAGGAAGAGUUGAUUUGAGUAGUACUGUUAACAAUCUGUCUGCUUCUGAAGUGUAGGUAUCUUGCAGAAUUAGUGGGCAUUGGACCUUCCCUGAAAACUUGUCUGUCUGAUUUUAGAGGGUGGAGGUUCUUAGUGUGGUGUUGUGUUUGUUUUAGGAGGCAUUUAAUGCACCAUGAAGAGGGAAUUUAUUAGAUAAACGGAUCAAGUUAUGAGAAGCAUUCCUUUAUUCUAACUGCUUUGCUUUGUUUCACCUCUGUUAGGAAAUAGUUUGAUUUCUCCUAUAUAUAUUUUUAUUAAAAAAUAUUUAAAAGCUACAAUUUCUUAAAACUGAUUUAUUGUGCCCUUUGCUACAACUGGAAAAAUCUUAAUUUAAGAAUUUUUCCAUUCUCUGUCUUUCAUAAUUGUAUUAAAUGUGAAGCUUUGUCCAGUUAAUUUUUCAGUUUAAUAUGCAGCUACUUUUUCCUUGGCACCCUUUUGUAAUGGGUAUAAUUCAACCCAUUUCACCUGAGAAUGAAUUAGAGAUUUAAUUCAGUCAUAAGAAGUUGCUAAAUUAGUCUUUCAAAUUAACCCAAGUAUUGGACUCCUUAUUGAUUGAGAGGACUAAUUAUGAGCAAUCAAGCUGAUAAAUAUAAUAGUUUCAAUUAAAAACUAUUUCUGUUGAGUUCAUACCCAACAAAAUAAUAAAUCUGCAUUCUGUAUCUUCUACAGUUCAGUUGCUUACUAUACAGAAUAAACGUUUCUAGUACAAAAUCUUCACUACAAGUAACUAUCCAGUCUUCAAUUGUUUAGUGCUAUUUAGAGUUAUUGCAGCAUAAUUUAUUACAUGUUUUAGCUCAUUUCAGUCACAGUACCCAAGUACUUGCUUCACAGCUCCUGAAGUGGACCUGACAGGCUUAGUCUUGCUUAGCUUGAGAGCUCUGGGGCAGGAUGCUCUGUGAUAUGCCCAGUCUGCUUCAGCGAAAGUAGCUAUACCUUGUCUGGGUUUGAAGAAAUAAAGCUCAAGUGGUGAAACUGUGAAUCUGUCUGAUCUCACCACAAAACUGGAAAAUUGGAACUCGGCAGUUUUGAGGGAAUUGCAUACGUUAAAAACUCACUUCACAAAAUCAUGUUUUAAGUCUGAUGUUUAUAAAGGACCUUCGUAAAUGCUGUGUGCCUUGCUCUCAAGUUGUACCUUAAGCCACACAGGGCAAACUUCUAAAGUUUCUAGUCUGGUACUUUGACUCUAAGUCAGUUUGCUUGUGAUAUCUGGUUGUACUGGGGCUGUCAAAAUCAUGAAGGGUGGAGGAACAAGUUUAUGAAGGGAGCAUUUAAGGUACUUCUUGAUCUUUAAGGCUUAUUGGAGUCUGAAGGUUGUAAUAGUUGUUUCCUAAAGGCAAACUGUUUCUUGUAAACCUCGUUCUUUGGCACAGUUGUCUUGAAAUGUAAACUUCAGGUUUACUUCCAAAAACUUCAGAAGCGUAUAUUCUUGCCUAUUAAUACUGACAUUGCUUUUUGCCUCCUUUUGGCCUUCUGGACAUUCUUGGCCUCUGGACUUUUAAAAAUCAUCACUUUUGUUUCUACAAUGGCUUAAUCUUCAUCCUUGCCUUAUAGGGGUUGUUGCUUUCUGCCAAGUAAUAGAGAAUAAUUUCAGUUGUUCUAAAAUUUGGAUAGGGUGUUGAAAGCCAGUAUCUUGUGUCUCUUGUGUCAUAACUAAAAAUACAUAUUUAUUGUUCUGGAUGAGGCAAGAGCAGUAAUUCUUAAUUUUCUACCUGGGGAUGGAAACCCCCAUGAAUUUAGAAGAUGUUGAGACUUCUAUUUCCAGUUUGAUACUGCUUGUUUUGGCAUAGGAUUAUUGCUUGCCUGGAUAACUUCUUUUGAAUUGCUUAAAACUGAUUUUCAAGUGUUAUUGCAUUUUGGCUCUUUGUUUGUAAUCUGGGAUUCAGUAAGCUGGAAGAAGAUUAGUUGUCUAAUCAUGUUUUCUUAAUUAUGGAAUCAGGAAAAUUAGAAAUGGAAAUGACUGAAGAGCUCAUUAUUCUAUUCCUAUGCCUUAUAAAAUAAUUUUUGCUUAGGCUGUAGUAAUUUAUCCUGGUCAAUUACCGGGUCCCACAAAAAGAAGGCUUUGUCCAUGUAGAUGGAUUUGAAUUGAGUAAUUCAUACAGGCUGUGGAUAGGGUUGUUUGGGUUUUCUUAAACCUUCUCCUCCCUGCCUCAUCUUGUCAGAACUUUUAAAGACUUACAACAGAUGAUUUCAAGCCUUCCUCCCCCUCAAAUGUAUGUUUGGUUUAUGUGCCAGAAUCUACUAUCAAAACCAGUAUUUUCCUUUUACUAAGUAAUUAUGUGUAACUUCAAAGUACAAACAAGGAAUGCAGAGCAGCUGAAAUUAAUUUUCAGAGUUCUUGUUUUUAUCUGGACACUUUCUCCCCUUGACUACUUGCAAAGAUUGAUUUCUCCUGUGUGAAUUAUUAAUGAAUGUGGCUCUUGGGAAAUACUGCUUUUUGGGUGAUCCCAUGCCCAGACUUAGGAAUGGCCAAGGGAUUUGCCAUGCAGAGAAGAUGCGUAGGCUAUUUUUGCUGAUGUUAGGGUACUCUGAAAGUAAAUUAAAUACAUUGGGAUAAUGCACUUAGUAAAUCAGUAGUGAUUGGUAAGCAUUUGAUAUUUUUCCUAAAUACUUUUUUCUUUGAAAAUUUCAGUUGUGUUUAUGGAGUUAUAUUACCCAGAAUUGUAAUAAGCAGUGUGGUAUUUUGGUACAAGCAAUCAGGCUUCUGUAAAAAGGGUUAAUACACAUCUGCAGUCCUGGUGCUCUUUGCAGAUUCCUGACUAACUGCACCUGGGGUCAUUAUGUUGGGGGCAAAACUUGAUAGUAAAGGGAAGGGAGCAUUUUCAUGGUCGUGCUAAGCUGGAAGUAAUGUAGGUUGCUGCCAAGAUUGCAGCAACAAAAUUCUGUCCCUUGCCUUAUCGAGCACAAGGCUUUCUAGUUGCAUGGUGAGCUCAGUGAGGGAGCUGGUGCAGCUGAAAACUAGCUUGUUUGCUUAGUUGCUUUUCAACCGGAUUAGUUGCCUGAUAGUAAUCCUGGUGGAGGUACACAAGUGUUUACAUAUAAGCAAGAAAGCAAGAAGAAAAGAUGCAGAGAAAAAGUGAGUCAAGCUCUAAGGCAGCCUCCCUUUCAACUGCGCGUUCGGUUGAAAAUUACAUUAGUUUACAGUUUGAGUUGGGAGACCUCAUUGAAGGGCUUCGUUGUCAAUACCAGAAGGGAGCUGGUCUCUCUGGUAGCUCCUAGAUGCCAAACUGUGUUAAUGGAUUUUUGUCAGAUAUUGUAGGGGAAGAGGAAAUACUCAGUAUGUUGUACUGUACUGAGAUACCUUUUAUCUGUCAUAGAUUGGAGGCUUACAAGCAGUGCAAGACAAUACUGGUGGUGUAGAAAUAGGAAUUCUGAAAAUGUAGCUUCUCUUGGAUUAAAAAAACCAAGAUUACUUUCCAUAAGAGCCAGGAAACUACAACUAUUUUUUGCUUUUUUGGUGUGGGGUUAUUUUUUCUCUCCAUAGGAAACCUUUAUGUAUUAUCUUCCAGAGAGCUUUGCAAGAAUUGCACUGUAUGCCUGUCUAGGUAUGUAGAGGGGAGGGUUGUUUGCUUUCUCCUACUUUGUUCUCCUGUUUUAAAGAAGUUCACCAGCUGAUUCCUAGGUCAUACUUGGGUUUGGUUCCAUUAGUGACUCAGCCCUUUGGGCCUGCGUUGUAGAAGAUGGAGACUGGCAGCUUCAAUAGGCUCCCUGUGCAGCGCUGGUCAUUGCUGUCCUAAUUGUUCUCUGAGGAAAACGUCAGUAUUGAAGGGACUUGAACACUGGUAGAGACGGUCGUGAUAUUUGUAACAUUUAGAGGCUGGUGAAAGCCUGCGUACGGCGAUACUGCAUUCCAGGGGACUGUCGUUCGGUACCCGGACGCUGUAGUAAUAGUCAUCUUGUUACGCAAAUACUUGGGAUACUUCUUGCACAGGGUAUAAGAAUGCCCUACAAAAUUAAGGCUUGGGGAAAACUUUUAGGAGAUCCUUUAAAAAGAACAAGACUCUUCAAAGGGCUGAUGUCAGUUAUUACCUGUUUGUCAUAUUGUAAUUUCUCACACUAUUAGUUAUGGAUUAUCUCUAGAGCACUGGAUUAGCCUAUGCUUGGUUUGGGGUUUUUUGUUCAUACUGUAGGUUGCUGUCGUUGAUGUCUGGUGCGUAUCCCCUCUUCUCAUUGCUCCCUGAACUACUCAGUUUAGGAUCUGAUUAGCCUAGUUCUGUACACAUUAAGGAAUUUGGUGUGUUCUUCAGAACUGAAAUAGAGACAGUGCUGGAGUGUUUCUGGGUCAAAUGUGCAAGAAAUAAGCAUAUCAAUGCGUCGGGUGUCAUCAGAACCCACUUAAUGGGAACUGAAACUCUUUAGGAUGAAUACAUUUACAAAAGAACUUGUAUUGCAGUGUAGCGUUUGGGUAUAGCUCACAGCCAGAUAGCAAGUGCCUUUGUGGGCGAAACGGAACUGCUAUUAGCGUCUACAACUGUCGGUUCCCCUUCUGUGAAUGAUGGGUGAGGAGCGCUGGGUUGCAGCUGCAGUAGGCUUCUUUCUGCCUUUACAGAGGUUCUUUUGAUGUUAUCAAGACAAAAGGCAACAACUCUUGUUUCAGGUUUAAAAAAAAAUGCUACCUAGUUUUGAAUCCAGUACACUUGCUCUCAAUCUCUUUCUGUGUGUCCUGUCGCUCUUCUUUUAGGUUUCCACAAAUACUCUAUUUUUAUCCAGCGCAAGGAUGGCAAAUAUGUGACGUGAGUGCCAGAAAUGACAACUCCUUUUUCUUCUCUGUGUUUGAAACUUUUUGCAGAAUCAGAGCAGCUAAAGUGCUCUUUAUAAUUUGAUAGCUUUUCAUUAUUCAUUCUUUGUCCUUAUUUAUUGUGGUUAACAUUAAAGGUCAGGCAUUGUCAUGCAGCACAACACAAUUUUUACUUCUUCAUUCCACACACGAAAGUGUUAGGCAAUUUGAUAUACCGAAGUGAAAAAAAUGUAUUAGUAAGUCUCGACUGGUUUAGCAGAAAUUGGUAUUCCUGGAUGGUUUUGUUUUCCAUAUUGCAGUUCACUAUUAUUGCCUUUCUGAUUUAGGAAACCGGGCACUUAAGAUCUCUGAAUCUCUAGACUGUAGUUUUGCUGUAGACAACUUGACAAAUUAUGGUCUAGAACUUGAGCUUUGUGUCUCCUUAUAUUGGUUAUAAAUGUUGAAGAAUGUAUCUUGCAUUGUAACUAACACAUAAAAAUUCAGCCCAUGGUGGUAAGAAUGCUGUGUAACGGGGUAGGAAUUUCAACUCUUGAACUCCAGACUAGAAGCCAAGCCAAAACUGUCUUGUGUUCUCAUGCAGGUGAUUCCUCCUCUUUGUUUCUCGAGUAAUCAUUAUCUUUGUUUUGUUUAUUUAGAUUGUAAGUUCUUUGUGGAAAGGGUUGUCUUUUGUGUGUGUGUGUGCAUGUGUGUGCGCGCGCGUGUGCGUACCCAGGACAAUAAGGCCUGGAGCCCCAGUCUGUGGAAGCUGUACUAAGCAAUCACCUUGUUAUUGUUUUCCUGGAUAUCAUAAUAAAGAGUAUGGAACCAAAA